ACAACUAGGACAAUAAGUUUCACAAAGCAAGCCUAACCUAAAGCCUUAUUAGAUGCACCAUAUUCAAUUAGCACAUGAUAUAUCUUCCAAAACAAUUUAUUGAAUAACUUUUCACAAGUAUUUUCUUAUAUCAAGAUCCUAAAUUCCUUCAUAUCCACAAUUCCUUUUCUUAAAUAUCCUAGAUUCGAAAUUUGGUAACCUCUUGAACUAGAUCGCAAGAAAAAAAUCUCUUUUGAAUUCCCUAAUCUCAGUGUUAACAACUAACUUUUGACCGAACCAAAAAAGAAAAUACUCGAGCUGCGCGUAGGUUGACCCGGACAUCCAAAACCGUCAAACAAAAAAAAACCUAAAAAUAUUAAAAAGUCACAUUCCCUCUGCACGUUUACCUCUGGUUUUAAAACUCUUCUCUCUCUCAGGAGAAAAUCCUCCUCGACACCUCUCUCUCUCUCUCUCUCUCUCUCUCUCUCUCUCUCUCUGAAAUGCUAACCACACUCAUGAACGCAAGUGAUCUCCUUCCCCUUCAAAUGCUCCAACCAUCUCCUCUCUCUCCUCCAUCACCGAUUCCCAUUUCCAAUCCCUAGAACACACACCAUUACUACAUUCAUCACAAUGUCUUCGACCAAGCCCUCGAGCCGUUUCUUCACCGUCGGCCUCAUCACCUCCUGGUACUCCUCCAACAUCGGCGUCUUGCUCCUCAACAAGUACCUGCUCUCCAACUACGGCUUCAAGUACCCCAUCUUCCUCACCAUGUGCCACAUGACCGCCUGCUCGCUCUUCAGCUACGUCGCCAUCGCGUGGCUCAGGAUGGUCCCCUUGCAGACCUUGAGGUCCCGCGUCCAGUUCGCCAAGAUUUUCACCCUGAGCAUGGUGUUCUGCGCGUCCGUCGUCAGCGGCAACAUAUCGCUCCGGUUCCUGCCGGUGUCGUUCAAUCAGGCCAUCGGGGCCACGACGCCGUUUUUCACGGCGGUGUUUGCCUAUGCGAUGACGUUUAAGAGGGAGGCUUGGCUUACUUAUUUGGCUCUGGUUCCUGUUGUUACUGGUGUCAUCAUCGCCAGUGGGGGGGAGCCAAGUUUCCAUCUGUUUGGCUUUAUUAUGUGUAUUGGUGCUACGGCUGCAAGGGCCCUCAAAACGGUGCUUCAAGGAAUUUUGCUUUCUUCUGAAGGGGAAAAGCUGAAUUCUAUGAACCUUCUCCUGUACAUGGCUCCAAUUGCUGUCCUACUUCUACUUCCUGCAACACUGAUUAUGGAAGAAAAUGUAGUGGGUCUAACCCUAGCCCUUGCAAGAGAUGACAUUAGGAUCGUUUGGUAUCUGCUUUUCAAUUCUGCCUUGGCAUACUUCGUGAAUCUGACCAAUUUUUUGGUCACAAAGCACACAAGUGCUCUGACUCUACAGGUACUGGGCAAUGCUAAAGGGGCUGUUGCUGUGGUGGUCUCGAUAUUGGUAUUUAGAAAUCCAGUCUCAGUUACUGGGAUGCUCGGUUACUCACUCACUGUCGUUGGAGUUAUCCUAUACAGCCAAGCCAAAAAGCGUGGCAAGUGAAAGAUCACUCUUGAAACGCAUUGGCUGCAAAUUCCAUCUAUUUCUGUGUUCUUUACUCGAGGACCAGAGCAACCUUCACGAGGAUAUGUAAGUUUAAAUGAUACAUCAGUUGGUGUCGUGGGAUUUUCCCAUUUUGGCGUUGGGAUCAGGAUUCCAUUUGUAGCAGCAACAACAGCAACAUUAGCUGGAAUAGAAAAGUUUACAAUAAAGACUAAGAUUCGUCUAUCUAUAUGCUCUUCCCAACUUGGGGAUAAUGGGGCAGAUUUUUCUUAUGUUUUUUAUUCUUUCAGGAAAGGAUUGUAGAAUUUUGGUCCUACACUUACUGACAUUACUCAUUUUAUGUGUAAAGACAGAUAAUUUUAUCAUUUUAUGGAUCUUUUUUAAUUUUAC